AUGGGUGUUAACAUUGAAUUUAAUGAUCAACAUCCCAGCCAAUAUGCAGCCAAAGUUCGCCAUUUUAACAUGAGUGAAACUGCAAUUAUUGGAAAUAAGAUUAAUAAGCUUCUUAGCAAGGGGGUUAUUAUUCCCUCCAUACAUGAGCUAGGUGAAUUUAUUUCAUCAAUCUUUCUCAGACUUAAAAAAGACGGCUCAUAUCGUAUGAUACUUAACCUCAAGUCUUUCAAUGAAUUUGUGAAGCAUCGCCAUUUUAAAAUGGACACUUUAGAUGCAGCAGUAAAAAUGAUGAAGCCAAAUU